GUUCCAUAGUUUCCUUUGGUUUUAUCCGUUUUAUCAGCUUUCAAACCUCCCUCUCUAUUUUUGCUGACACUUCUUCUCCCCCUUCCCCUUCAUCAUCACAGAGUAGAUUGUAAAUGCUCGAAUGCUUCUCUCACUGGUAUCUAUAAAGUACAAUCCACACAGCAAGAAGCUCUCCUGCACAUUUAUACUUGUUCGUGAUGAUUGUCGCAAAUAAAUAUUCGAAUGGUUGAUCUUUCUCUGUGUCUCUUAUAUACCUGUAAGGAGAAUGUAUAAUUGAGUGCAUUGUUGCCAUUUGAAAGGCAGUGGAAAAACAAAAAGCAAAUUUUCGAGGACAGUGGGGUAGGCUGAAAAACAGGUAUGCGGGUAUGGCUACAGGAAGCGGAGGGAAUUUUAUAAGCAAACCUCCACGAGGAUGGCUUCAUCCGGAUCAUUUAGUGAGCAAAGAAGGAAUUACUUAUGCCGUUCGAUAUAUCGGCUAUUUGGAGGUUUACACGUCUAUGAAAAGUCUUGAUUUUGAUACUAGAUCAUGCGUUGCCAAAGAAUGUAUAAAUCGGGUUUGCGAAGCAGCUGGACUGAAAUUGGCUCACAAAAAAAAACGUGUAAACAGGAGAGUAUUGAGAGCCAUUGCAGACAAGCCGUGCAUGGAUCAUGCCGGGGCAAACAUCAAUCUGACCAUCAGUAGUUGUAGCUUAGCUCUUACUACUCUUGAGACUGGCCAAAUUAUUGCCAAACACGAGAUGCCAAGAAUAUCGUUUGCUUCGGGUGGAGAUACGGACAUUUUGGAUUUCGUCGCUUACGUGGCAAAAAAUAUGCAAGACUGGCGAGCAUGUUACGUGCUCGAAUGCGGUGGUGGUCUUGCUCAAGAAGUAAUUUCCACUAUCGGACAAGCCUUCGAAUUGAGGUUCAAGGAAUUUCUAACGAAACCUUCGUCUUUGCACCCUGCGCUGAACGGCAUACGAGAACCCGAUCGCGAUUAUUACAACGACCUUCCUGGCAAAGUACCACCGGACAUUGGACCUCCGCCGGUUCCACCCCUACCCAUGAACGCCUCAACUUUGCCCAAUUUAAAACAUCAUCAUUCCUCCCAAAAUCAUGCAUCCUCGGUUGCGAGUAGCGCUCAGUGUUCCGGACUCGCGGAUUCUUUCUCGAACAGUCGAGGAAGACAAACUCAACAAUGGCCAGAAACAGGAAAUUUGAUCGAUCUUAGUAGCGAUGGAUCUUUGAGUAAUGUUGCGCCGAGUGUUCAAGCUGAACAUAAUUAUGUAAAUGAUACGGUUGUAGCAGCGAGUCGAGAAAGUCGACGAGACCCAGCAACCUUUUUCGAUGCUUUCGACAUGCAGCCUCUGAGCACAGCAAUAUCCGAGAUGACGAAGCUUAGUCCGCGAACGCAGAAGCAACAAUUGAAACAAGAAGUUUGGUUCCAUGGGAGUGUGAGUCGCGGCGAGGCGGAGUCUAUGUUGACAAAAGACGGAGACUUUUUAGUUAGAGAAUCACAAGGCUCGCCGGGACAGUAUGUUCUUACUGGAAUGAACAAUGGAACGCCAAAGCACCUUUUGUUGAUAGAUCCGGAGGGUGUUGUUCGAACGAAGGACCGAAUAUUCGACAGUGUCAGUCAUUUGGUAAAUCAUCAUUGUGACAACGCGUUGCCAAUCAUUUCAGCAGACAGUGCACUCGUACUCCGAUACCCGGUUCCAAGACGUACGGAUUAUUAAUUUUCGUUUCGUGCCUUGCGCAAAUAGCGACAGAAAAGAAUUAAAGCAAAGGAGGUGAUCUCCUGAAGAGUGUGUACGAUCAUAGUUCGCAAUGAAAACGCGCAAUUACUUUUUUCAACAAACGUUAUUCCAACAAGAUGAUUUGUGGAAUAUCGUCUUAAUUCGUGUUGGGCUGGUUGGUCAAGCAUAAUUUAAUCACAAUUCAUUAUGCUUGCUCCCGGUUCGCAAUAAUUUUAUUUUUAUAUAAAUUUCCAAAAUCUUAACGAAAUAUUGUAAUAACAUAUUUCAGUUGCCAAUUAUCCGAGCGUCUUGACAUUUUUCUUUGGUUUCGCCAUCGCAACUCUAAAUUCCGUUACGGACUCUUAACGAUACAUAUACAUAUAUUAUAUAUGCAUACGAAUAAUAUCCAUACCAUUUUAACUUUUAUAUUUUCGUACGUAGUUGGUACAUGGACGCUCUCGAAAUAUUCUUCGUUUAUCUUGCUCAUGGCAUUUUUUAUCCACGUCUGAGAUGUAUUUUGAGAAUACGACAAAAAUUAUCUCGGGACAUUGAAUUAUAAAAAUUCUAUUGGUUCUCAAGCGUUAAAUUAAUUGAAGCUCAAUUUUUUUUGCACGAUUGAACGUACAAAAUGAUGGAGUUUUUUCGGUACGAUAUUCUACGGGGUCAGCUUACUAGCUCUGACUCUCUUAUAUACAUAUAUACAUAGGCACAGUCCCGAAAUAUAUAUUUAUUGAAUAUAUUUAUAUUCCUAGAAAAAGAAAACAAAUGAGAUAAAUAAAUGCAGAGUAGGGUUGAGACGACAUCUGUCGAAUUUAUGCCAUAAAAAUAUCAACUCUUUGUUUUUCUUUUUUCUAAUUGUCCGCAUUUUCGAACAAUGUUUCGCAAAUAAAUUCUUCCACGUCGUA